AUAAAAUUUUUAUUGGGACGUGUUUUAGGCAUUAAACCAGCUAAAGAGAGCUAAUGUUUUUGAUGUCAAAGCGGUAACGCGCGUACUCAAAUUGACUUACGGAAGAAUAGGACCAAAUAGACACAAGUUACUUAAAUUCAUAGAACUGCACCACCGCGUAUUUCACCACCACUCCAAUCGCUAUUAUCAUCACAGGUAAAAUCUCUCUAUCCGACUUUACCGGAACCAAAACAUAAACCACUCCAUCCACGCCGAAAAGCGAAUAUUAUGUGGUGGCAUUACUCUAGAAUCAUGAGACAAGUAAUACCACCUGUCACUAAAGAAGAAUUAGAAACAUUAGAGAAAAAGGCUGGUAAAGGCACGUUAUCUUCUGAAGGUGUAGCAAGAAUUGGAAAAAUUAAUAUUAAAGAUAUGAAUGAUACGACAACUUUGAGACUUUCUGAUAUUCCUAAUAUGCCAAAGACUCCACGUGACCUAGUUAGAGAAGUACCAUAUCAUACAGCAAGACCACAUAAUCCAAGAAAAAGAUUUAUAAGAAGAAUUUAUCAGAGACUAUUGACACAAAUACCAAUCAUGAAAGAAAUUCCUAAAUCAGAAUCUUUUCCAAAAACAAACACUGAGGAUAAAAAAAAUAUCGGAUCACUUCCUGAAGUUAAAAUAUCAGAUAAAAAAAACUUAAAUCCAUUUUCCAAGGCUAAGUCUAACAAAAGUACCUCCAUUAAUCCAUCGGAUCCAAAUAAAAAUUUUACUAUUACUAAAUCACCUUGGGCGGAAGGGCGUCCAAUACCUUUAGUUAAAGAAAAAGAUCGGAAAGGAUUAAAUCCUGAGAAAGUUAAAAAUCAGGUGGGCGGUGGCGGUAAAAAAGGGAGAAGUAGGGGGAAAGCAAAUAUCGAGAUUUUGUCAAAUUAAUUACGCCAUAUGCAUGCAGAUCAUUUGUCAUCCUUACAAAAUCAUUCGGUGAAUGUUUUUAGAAAAACGCAUUUAUGCAUUCCUCAUCUCAUUGUUAAUGGUAAUAAAAUAAAAAUAUAAUUUUCUAGUUUAAUCACGUCAAAUAAUUUUAUUUUAUUAU